AUGGCACCAGGACUCGUGGAGCCAGCCUUCCAAUCAACUGACGCAGCACCCAAUGCACCUAUCAAGCAAGCAAUCAAGUCUGCCAACACACACAACUACAUUCCAGGACGCACAACAGUCACAAAGCACGACGAUACAUACGAGUUCGAGCACCUCCGACCACGGUUCCCUGAAAUCUCAUGGCCUGCACUUGAGGAGAUCCCGUACGCUGACAAGGGUUGCCUUGGCGAUGUCAAUUUCAAGAACCUCCUUUCAUCCGCCACAGAAGUCUUCGACUACAAUCCCAAGAUCGGCACAGAAGUCCACGGCGUCGACCUUGCCAACCUCACAGAUCUUCAGAAGAACGACCUCGCAAGGCUGAUCGCGACACGAGGUGUCGUCUUCUUCCGCAACCAGAAGAACUUUGGCAUCGAGGAGCAGCGUGCGCUUGGUCAGUACUUCGGUCAACUGCACAAGCACGCAACCACCGCCGUUCCCCGUCAAGAAGGUCUCGAAGAUGUCCAUGUUGUAUACACUGGCGAGGGCUCACCUGACCUCCGUUCUCUGUUCUCUCCCACUUUUCUCUGGCACUCAGACGUCACAUACGAGCUCCAGCCUCCGUCCUACACCUCCCUGAAGGUCCUCACCGGUCCGCCUCGCGGCGGUGGCGGCGACACUCUCUGGUCCUCCCAGUACGCAGCCUACGACAUGCUCAGCCCCCACAUGCAGAAGUACCUCGAGUCUCUCACCGCUCUGCACUCCGCAGACCUACAAGCACAAGGCUCCCGCGACCUCGGCCGCACCGUACGCCGUGAGCCAGUCACAACCGAACACCCACUCGUCCGCACACACCCCGUCACAGGCUGGAAGAGCAUCUUCUUCAACCCCGGCUUCGUCACUAAGAUCGUCGGCGUUCCCAAGACUGAGAGUGACCACAUCAUCUCGCUUCUCAACGAGAUUGUCGCUACCUCCCCAGAGUUCCACGCACGCUUCCAGUGGCAGGCUGGCGAUGUUGCGUUCUGGGAUAACCGUGUCACCAACCACAGCGCGACAUAUGGCUUUGCGCCUCACCGACGCCACGCUGUGCGCGUCUGCAACCAGGCUGAGAGACCGUACCUUGAUCCUAAUGGCAGGUCGCAGGAGGAGGACCUGAGCGAGCGCUAUGGUAUUCCUAAGGCGAACAAGGAUGGGGCGGGUGUUGUCAACUACAACGACUGA